AUGUCCGCUCCGUCCUCGCCCGUGUCCUCCCGCGGAGGUUCGCCAGCUCCCAUGCUGACGCCUCGCUCGAAAAUCAGGGCUCUUCUCGCUACUGUCGACAGCAGCGACGAGGAAGGUGGCGCUCCUACACAAUUGAAACAGGCUGCCCGGCCCUCGGUCCGGUCAGCGCUCGCACAGCUCGACGACGAUGACAGCGAAUCCGACGUCGAGAUCCGCCCCCGAGGCAGACUCGCGGCCCGUAUGCAGGCCAACAGCACAUCCCCCAGCAAAAAAGAGCCACAAAACGCGCGUGAACGCGUAAGACAAAUGCUAGAACGCGAAGACAAGCAGCAAAAGACCGUGGCGGAUGAUGACGAGGAUGAGGACGAUUUACCCGUCGCGCCUCGUCGCCUGCAACGUCGUCCGGCUCGUGAACCCACCCCAGAGCAACAAGAGUCUCUGCAACAAAAUAGACGCAACCCUUCCAGCCCUGGUCUCUUUGUCUCGUCUCCAGCGCGCUCUUCGCCGUCUCGCGGCCUACAGCACACCAACUCGGAUUCGGAGAGCGAUGAUCUGCCCGCCAUCAAGUCGGACCGCUUCAAGGCCCUCGUCGAGAAGAAGCGCCAAGAGCGUCUGGCCCGCGAGGCCAGGGAAGAAGCCGAGCGAGCCGAGCGCCGAGCGCGUCAAGAGAAGCUGUCCUCGGAGCUCGACGCUCUCGACUCUAACGACGACGACGUAUCCAACAUUGACGACGAUGAGGGUGGCCACACCCUGACGCAAAAGUCGGCCCGCCCGUCCCGCAAGGCCAGCAAAAAGGCCAUUGAGGAGAUGAACCGCGAGACGCAGCGCAUGGCCCGAAGCAUGCAGCUGGCCCACGAGGCCAAGACACGAAAGAAGUUCACGAAGAGCAGCCUCUUUGAGAGGUUCAAUUUCAAGCCGGCUGGGCUAGCUCCUGAACCAAUCGUCCAGCCUGCCAGCUCUAGCCGCCCGACUACUCCCCAGUCAGAUGUGGAAAUGGCAGACGCUGAUACGCCCCCAAGCUCGCCCCCGUCCGCCAAGGCUGCCACGGCGGCUCCCAUCGCUAUUCGAACCGAUAACAAUGAUGACGAGGAUCUGCCCACUCUAGAGGAAAUUUCUAGCUCUCCCCACGCUCGGCCUAUCGACAAGGGCAAGGGUAAAGCUAUUGAUGUUCCUGAGGAGCAACCCGCUGAGGUCAAUCAACCGAAAAAGCGCGUCCAUGUCCGUCUUCCCAAUCUCCUGAAGACGCUCGCUGCCGACCCCGACGAUGAACUUGAAAUUACCGCUACAGUUCAAGACAAGGUCAAGGCUGUCUUUGACAAUGUUCCCCUCAAGACCGCUCAAGGAUCACACUCGCUGCAGGUGCUUCGCGCUCUUGCGCUCGUUCGAUCUCCAGACCGAAGCCGAGGACGUGGAAAGAAGACUCCGGUGGGAAUCACCAACACCGAGCUUCAGGCUUCACUUCAGCAAAGGGCAAGACAGCAGGCAAAGCUGGAGCGAGAACGUCGACUUGAGCUUCUCAAGUCGAAAGGCGUUGUUGUCCAGACUAUGGAGGAGCGGGAAAAGCAGAUGGAAGAGGUGGAGGAUAUCGUGGCCAAGGCUCGUGAGGAAGUUCAACGCCUCAUGGAGCAAGAGCGCGAGGCAGCUAAGAAGGAGAAGAAGGAAAACGCCGCCGCUGACCCCCUCGCAUGGGACGAUAGCGAUGACGAGUAUGAGGCUUCUGAAAAUGGCGCGGAAGUUGAGGCCAUCGAACUCUCCGGGUCAGAAGACGAGGGCGAGGAGGCUGACGAUGAGAGUGAUGCGGCUAAUCCUAUGUUUGAUGACGAGGCCGAAGACUCGCAUGGAAAGGAGGAGCCCGAAGCCGGCAAUGACGAUGAUGAGCAGAUGGAGAAACCUGCGGUGCAAAGGCGUCGCAGACGAGCCAGAAACGUCAACGCAGUGCUUUCAGAUGACGAAGGCGAAACGCAGAUCAAGGCCACACCCAAGCCAAUCAAGACGACCGACCAGAUUUCACCCGUUGCGGCAAACGGCAACUCCUCCGCCCCCGGCUCUGUUCUUCGAUCUGCCAAGAAGACUUUUAUUCCCGGUAUGCCUGUCCAGGGAGCCGCUGGCCUUGGUCUGACGCAGAUCUUUGCCGGCACCAUGGAUGAUAGCCAGCUGAGCGCCGCCAAUGGCCCUACGCAGUCCAUGAUGCCCGAUUUCGAUCAGCUCCCCGACUCUAACUUUUCGGCAACCAUCGAUCAGUGCGACGACAACAUUAUUGAGAACUCGCAGCCUCUCGAGACACAAAACGAAUCAAACAUGGUCCGCCUCAACAUGUCACAGUCGCAGAUGCACGGGCUCGACAGCCUCAUGCGGGACUACCUGGACGAAUCACAGACCAUUGAGCUAUCUCAAGACGGUGGCUUCCAGACAUACACGCCCCUCAAGGAUCGCUUCGUCGAGCCGCCCUUAUCUACCGUAGCUACCGACAUUGCCGGGACCAUGGAAGAUGGCCCACAAGCAUCACCGCUCUUGCGACGAGGCAAGCUUCGCCGCAAGGCUGAUGUCGAAAAGGCUCUCGAGCCUACUCAACCCAUUCCAACUUCACUCUUGACCGCGCCUCAAGAUGCGUUCACAAAACUGAAAGAGCAGGCCAAGAGAAAUGAGAAGCGGCGCCUUACAGACGCUUUCAACGCCAAAACGAGCAAGGCUAAGGAGAUGGUUGAGCAGGAAGCCAUGGAAUCUGAUGACGAGUACGCUGGCCUCGGCGGCGUUGACGGCGAGGACUCGGACAACGAGUCCAACGCCUCUGUCCAGGAAAUGAUUGACGACGCCACGGCAAACAAUGCCAACGACAGCAAGCUAGCUGCAUUUUAUGCUGAUCGUGCGCGUGCAGAGGAUGAGCAGCAGGUUGAGAAGCUGUUCAAGGACAUUACCACCGGUAUGCUGCGUCGCAAGCGUGGCGCUGAUUAUGACCUUUCCGACUCUGAUGACGAUGGCGAGGCGCGCCGACGCAUGAAGCGCCGCCAGUUUGCCAAGAUGCAGAAGGCCCUCUUUUCCGAUGAGCGCGUCAAGAAGAUGGCCGAGGACCCCGGCAACCAGGCUUUCCUGCGUACCAUUGAGGACCGCGGCAGCGAUGACGAGAUGGAUAUUCUGGAGAUUGUCGAGUCGCCUUCGCAGCGCGACUCGUCACAGUCCCCAGCUCCCGAAUCGCAGAACGCUGCGCCUCAGACAAUUCCCGACAGUCAACCUAAGCAGCCCGCUCGUCCGGCUCUCGCCUCUCUCGCCUCCGCACCCACAGGUGCCGAAAGCAGUAGAGCGCCUGCCAGCAUGCGCAGGACCAAGAAUGCCAAGAAGCCCUCCAACAUUGGCGAGGUCCGCGAGACGCUGUCCAACCUGCUCGAGGAGCCCGACGCUUCGUUGAUAACGGCAACCGAGGCUGGCUCCGACAGCGAAGGGGAAGACGGCGCACCGCGCAGCAGCGACAAGGAGAAUCGCUCCCCGCGACGCGCAGCCGUUGGCGUCGUCGACCGCAUCAGCCUCAAGAGAGGCAACUCCAACGCGUCGACCAGCAGCGGCCGUCUUGCGUUUGCCUCGGCAUUGUCCAGUAGCGCGUUCAAGGUCCCGCCGCUGCUGCGCCGCGCGACGACCAACUCGUCCAUCAUGUCGACGGCGACGACAAGCACCGCGACCACCACGUCGAGCAGCUCCGCGUCCGGCGCGGGCUUUGGCGACGACAAGAAGAUCAAGAAGGCGGCCGGCAAGCGGAGCGGCGUGGUGAGUCGCGCGAUGCCGAUCAACGAGGGCCAGGCGCGCCUCAAGGAGAGCGAGCGCCGUCGCGAGGAGAAGAAGAUGAAGAGCGCGGAGAAGAGACGGGGGAUGAUGGCAGGAUUGCUGGGCCGUGGCACGUUUGCAUGA